AAACGCGCAAAAUAAAAGGACGCUCUGAUAAAUAAAAUAAAACUCGAUUUUUAAAGAGUAUUUUUCAUUUAAAAUCCAUCAUGACGCUCUCGCGCACUAAGCACGCCAACCGGAAUCACUUACCGGCCUUAAUGAGUAAAGUGCCAGAAGAGCACCAAGAACCGAUCAAGACUAUGUGCCUAAAAAUGAUGUCCCAUGACGCCUACGGACAGCCAUAUGACUGGAGCGCGCGUGACUUCGAGAUGGGUGCCCAUUUGGGACGUGGUAAGUUCGGACGCGUCUACUUGGCUCGCGAGCGCCACUCCCACUACUUGGUGGCCAUGAAGGUGAUGUUCAAGGAGGAGCUGCGAAAGGGAAAUGUUCAGAGGCAGGUGUUGCGUGAGAUUGAGAUCCAGUCGCGUCUAAAGCACCCAAACAUCCUUCGUCUUCUCACCUGGUUCCACGACGAGAGCCGUAUCUAUCUGGCACUGGAGAUCGCCUCGGAAGGAGAGCUUUUCAAGCAUCUACGCACAGCUCCAAAUCACCGCUUUGAUGAGCCGCGGUCUGCCAAGUAUACCUACCAAGUGGCCAACGCUCUGAACUACUGUCAUCUGAACAAUGUGAUUCAUCGUGAUCUGAAGCCAGAAAACAUCCUCCUGACUAGUACCGAUGAUCUUAAGUUGGCUGAUUUCGGUUGGUCGGCCCACACCCCGAACAAUAAGCGACGGACGCUGUGCGGCACUCUGGAUUACUUGCCCCCGGAGAUGGUGGACGGAAAAUCCUAUGACGAUACAGUAGACCAGUGGUGCCUGGGAAUCCUCUGCUACGAGUUCCUCGUUGGCAACCCUCCAUUCGAGUCGAACACUUCAGAUGGAACCUACGACAAGAUUCGGCGGCUAGAGAUCCACUAUCCCUCAUACUUGUCCAGUGGCAGCAAGGAACUAAUUGCUGGGCUGCUGCGAAAGCCCGGAGAGGGUCGAAUUACUUUGGUGGACGUAAUGACACAUCCAUGGGUUAAGAACCAAAUGGCCAAACGGGCCUUGCAGCUGCAACAAAUGGAACGCGGAAAGGAAAACAAGGCCAAGAAUUAAAGCUGAAUAUUAUUUCAAGAAAUU